AUGCUCCUUUCCAGAUACAAGCCUUGGGUCGCGCAGAUUCAAAAGACUGAUGCCACCGAGAUCUUGCUAUCUGUCGAGGCCCACAUUGCUCACGCCACCUCCACGGGCCAGCAAUGUAUUUUCCGUCAAAGCGAUCUGAGCAAUUGCUUCACUCGCCUGGAUGUGGACAUCGCCAAACAAUUGGCGCAAUGGUUUGGGAUGCUCCCCAAACACGCCGAGCUUUACUUUGAGCUCAAUCGUCGCAGGCCCGCUGUCAUCAAGGCUGGCUCGGCGGUUAGUCAGUGGCAGGUUCCAGACAGGGGCAUGCCCCAAGGUGAUCCGGUGAGUCCUCUUGCAGCGGCCUUGUAUGCGGCGGCUCAUGAGGCCGUGAUCCGGAAUGACUUCCCCGCGGCUUCCUUCUACACGUUUGUGGACGACCGCACGAUAUGCACAACACAGGAGCAGCACAUGACAGGGGUUGUGAACCUUCUUCGUGAACUUGAUCAUCUCAGUGGACAAGCCGAAGACGCUACAAAGGAGGAAAUGGCUAUCGUCAAUGCAGUACCAGAAAGCCGUGAUCUUUUCCCUCACGCGCGGGACGAGUACAUUGACUUGUUGGGCAUUCGUUUUGACCUCAAUGGCAAGGCCGCUCCCAGCACUGCCCCCAGAGCCCGGGCUCGCUUCAAGGAGCUCGGGCUGCGGGUGGAACGUUUGGGCAAGAUCACGCGCAAUUUGCAACUGGGUUCUUCGCAGCUAUGCAAGGUGAUGAUCGCCACAAUGGGCCUUUUUCGAUGGGAUGCCGCGUGGAUCUCGUGCAAUUAUUCGGAGGUCAAGUCCUUGGCCACGAAGAUUGAAGUUACUUUGCAGGCUCGGAAACGCUACGCGGCAUGGCGCCAUCGUGGAGCUUCUUGGGUUUUGCAGCCGAAAGGUUGGCAUGUCGAACCUAUCGCUUUAAUAACCUUUGCGGCGAUCUGUGCUGGUCGACGAUUGCAAUUCUCUUCCUGGCGCACCGUCAUCGAGCAUGCUUGGUCCCAGCCGUCCGGUUUUCGCAAAAGCUUGGUGGAUCGCAUGAGGGAUGCCUACGAGCGUGUGGGCUGGGAGGCUACAGAUUCUCCUUGGACGGUUCAGACCCCGCAAGGCAGUUUCGACCUCAACAUGAUCAGCCGGGCCGUUUUUGGACACCUCCUGCGACAAGGGUGGAGACAUUACAUGAUGAAGUGCCACAACUCUUGCAGACACGUUUGCAUUGAUGUGGAUAGUAUCGAUGUCGUUCCUUUGCGCAAGUUUGUGGAUGCAACGGUUCCUUCUUCAAGAGCUUUGGCUUGGCGAUGCGCAGUUGCGGCAGAGCCCAACCAUGAGAGGAUGGCUCAUAUUGAUCCAGUCACCUUCCCUUCUCAGGCGUGCCCCCACUGUGGCGCUCAGCGCGCUACCACCUUUCACCUCAUGUAUGAAUGCGAUAGCUCUGCUGCUCUUCGGGCAGAGCUGGAUCUACAGCCCGACGCCCUCGGUGGUGAUCUGGCAGGGUCUCAACGAGCGGCUUGGUUGCAGAACGGUUGGGCGCAGUGGGUUCCUCCACCUGCGGCUGGCGAUUGGACUUGGCACAGAAUCACUCAGUGGAUUGAGGAAGUUCGUGCUUUGCUUGUGGCUCACCCUCCCAAGCUUUUCAAUGGUGAGUUUCUCAUUGCGACGGAUGGCAGCGCGCAGUCACCAGCAGACCCGGAGACUCGAGUGGCAGCUUGUGCUGCGGUGUGGCGAACGUCUUCUGGUUUAAUUUCCUGGUCCCAGCCUUUAGGCAAUAUUGAGAACACGGUCAAUGCUGCUGAGUUGGUCAUAGUCGUCGUGGUGGCAAAGGCGGCGGAGGCAGCGUCUAUGGCUUCUUCUUUGCGUAUUCUUACAGAUCAUGAAAGGGUUCCUGCAGCUUUCAAGAGCAGCAAAUCUUCGUGCGACAAAGUUUCUCUUUGGAAUGCUCUGAAGGAGGUUCACCGAGAUGCUGGUUUUCGUCUGAGUUGGGUUCCUGCGCAUGGCAAGCAUGCACAUGUUCAUGUUCCUACGGAGUGGAGAGAGCUCAACAUGGAGGCAGAUCGCCACGCCAGCUUAGCUGCUCGUGGCGCCGUACACUUGCUGAUUCCUUGGAUUGGCGAGGUAAAGAGGAAGCGGCAGCGCGCCGCAGAUAUCCUCAGGCUUAAGCUUGAGGUCUUUCGACCUACACAUCUUCAGCUUCUUGCAGGUGCUGGAGUUCGUUCUUGA